CUAUCUAAUCCGUGGUAUUUACACCGUGUCAUGUGUUUUUAUAUCUGAAAAAUUUGAUGUAAAUAACUCGUUUUUGAUUUUUCUGGGUACACGACAGAUUCAUGGACAAUUAAUGAAUAAAACGUGGUAUUGUUUUGUCGACGACGAUAGUACAUUAAUAAUAACUUCUAUUCACCUAUGAUUCUCUUUCUCUCUAUUAUUUGUAUAGAUUCCGCCUGCUUGAUAUACUAAAUAUUUAUUGUUUUCAUUAAUUAUUACUGUUUUGAUGAUUAAGGUAAUACGUUAAUAGAUAUUAAAUUUUAAAUAAUCCGUGUUAAAACAGUUUUAUUGUUGAACUUUGUUUAAUAAAAUGAUUUUUUAUUUUCAAUCGAACAAAUGAAACAAUAGACCGCGAUAUAAACGGCUCAUCGAAUACCAGAUUAUUUAAAAAAUAUAAAUGAAAGUUCUACAUUGAAAACUUUGAUGCAUCAAAAAUGAUAAACAGUCCAGUUGAGAAGGAAAACACAACUAUGUGUGCAGAUGCGAUAGUCUCUAAAACAAUGUUAUCACCAUCCCAAUCAAGUCCAACAUUUUUGAUGCACAGUCGUAACACAAGAGGUCGUCACCCGUUAGAAGAUUAUAAUCCAAAUUCACAAGACAGUGGCUUUUUUUCCGUGCUUUCUGAAGAUUCCAGAUCAUUAACUAGAUUUGAACCCAAAAGUGUAAUUGUCAAGAAAAACUCAUCAUUAAAUGUUUGUCACAAAGAAAUCCCAGAAAUAGAUGAUCCAUUUGAUGAUGUCAAUUCUCCAAGAAGACAAUCUCAAGAUUCACUUCCAACUGAAUUCAAUACAUUGAUUGAUGGAGAUAUUUUUUCAUUACAUUCACCGGUAAUAAAACCUAUAGUCAGACGAAGAAAUUCUGAAUAUGAUUCAGAGAAUACUCAAAAAAUUGAUUUUGUUUUUGAAUGUCCUGAGUCAUCGUUUGUAUCCAAAAGGUUAAAGCCUAAUGUUGAUCUUUCAAUCUCAUUUAAUUCUCCAAGAUUAAACACUGGAAAUACUUCUUUAACUGCUCCUGUAUCACAUAAGAAAACUACACUUUUUGACUAUGGAUUUUGCAAAAACAGUGUUUCCAAGUUACAAAGAUCUUUUUCAACUACUGAAGACACAAUAAAAGCUGCAUUUGAGAAAGAGGAUAAUGGAGCAAAUUUAAUUGGUGACUUCAGUCAAUCAUUUAUAUUGCCCUUGUUAUCAUUCGGUCGUCAUGCAGAUCUUCGUAGCAUAUCUCCUGAUACAUUAGCUCGUUUAUUGGAAGGCUCAUUCAAUGAUCAUAUUGACUCUUAUCUUAUAAUAGAUUGCCGAUACCCCUAUGAGUAUGAAGGUGGUCAUAUAAGAGGUGCAAUCAACAUAUUUACUAAAGAGCAACUAUUUAAAAACUAUACAGAAGACAAGUUAGGUAAAAAAUCUCACAAAUCUGAUAACUUUAGUGCAAAGAGAAAUGUUUUGAUAUUUCACUGUGAAUUUUCAUCAGAAAGAGGUCCAAGUCUGUCACGAUACUUGCGUAAUGCAGAUCGUCAAAAGAACAGUAUGUGCUAUCCUUAUUUGGACUAUCCAGAAAUGUAUUUGCUCGAUGGUGGAUACUGUAAAUUUUUCAGUCAACACAGUAACUUGUGUGUACCGUCUAGCUAUCGAUCAAUGUAUGAUCCAGCUCAUACCUCAGAUCUAAGAAGGUUUAGAUCUAAAUCAAAAACAUGGGCUUGUCACAACGAUGCAAUGCCAAGAUUGGCCAGGAAAAGCACACUCAAACGAUUGGGUUUUAAUUAAUCGCUUUAUAUUUUUUUUCGUGUAAAUAAGUUGGGUUUUUUUUUUUAUUGAUUUGUGUGAUUUUUUUUUGCGUUUUAAUUUUAAUUUUUUUUAACUAUAUAACCAAUUUUUUUUUUCUAUUUUAAAACUGAUGUGUUGAAAUAUUAAUUUAGAUCCCAGUGCAAUUUUGUAUAACUUUUGUGAUGCUAUAUAAUAUUAAAAGCACUGUUAGCUAAGUUUCCAAAAAAGAACAUUUAAUCGUCAGCUUUAGCGGUUUUAAUUAUUUUAUAUAAAUAGAUUGUUAAUAUAAAAUCAAAUGCAUAUAGUUUAUUAUGUACGUGUGUUUGUGUGAUUUAAAUAUAUUUGCCAAGUGC